AUGACCAAGGCUGUGCUCAAACACAAGGAAAACGUCGUUGAAUUGUCGGCCAAGGGGAUCUCGUCCUUGGUUUUGGUGCAAGUUGUCACGAAGCUAUUCACGUUUAUCCUCAACCAAGGGUUGGUUCGCUUCAUCACCCCACAGGUGUUUGGCUUAGCCGCCUAUGUGGAGUUGCUCCAGUCCACCAUCUUGUUUUUCAGCCGAGAGGCAGUCAGGCUAUCGGCCCAGCGCAUACCGCAGAGGAAAACCAAAUGGAAAUCGUUGCAAGAGACUAUAAACCUUGGAUUCUUGGCCAUCGUCAUUGGUGCGCCCGUUACAUUGGUUGUGGGCUAUGUGCAAGGGUACCGUUCCGCCAAUUUUCAAGAUCACCUUCUACAUUUGCCCUUUAGCCGAAUAGCAAUUGGUCUCCUCUUGGCCUCGGUUGCGUUGGAGUUGGCGAUUGAGCCGAUUUAUUGCUUGUACCAGUACGAGUUGAAGUUCAGCGAGAGGUCGAAAUAUGAAGGGGUUGCCGUGUUUGUCAAGUGUGCGGUAACGUUUUUCGGCGUGGGCAUCUUGUCCCGCAAAUUAUUUGUCGUUGGAAACGAGUUUGAUGGAGCUGCGGUUCUUUCGUUUGCAUCUGGCCAAUUCGCCUAUGCUCUCACGCUAGCUGUGCUCUACUCAAACUCGUUUGUCAAGUACAGAAACGUCAAAAACUUGCCCGUGCGGUACGCUUUGCAUCGCGUGGUUGCCUCCCACUCGAAAUGCUUUGACGCCGGUGUCUUGCAGAUAUUCAAAGGCUUUUUCGUUCAAAUGAUAUUCAAACAGCUCUUGACCGAGGGAGACAAGAUUGUAAUCAGCCACGUUUGCACUAUCGAAGAACAGGGAACUUAUGCAGUCAUCUCCAACUACGGUUCAAUCAUUGCGAGACUCUUGUUCCAACCAUUGGAAGAGUCGACGCGGCUCAUGUUGACCAAAAUCACCACUGCGGUUACAAAGACGAAAGAAGACACGGUUGCGCAAUCAUUCACUUAUAUCAAAAUGAUCAGCUUGUUUUAUUUCAACUUAUGCUUGUGCAUCCUUCUCGCUGGUGUCACCAAUGGACCGUUCCUUUUGAAAUUUAUGCUCGGAGCCAGGGGACACUGGGCAGAUACAAACAUAUUUGAGCUCUUUGCAUUGUACGUGGCUUACAUGCCAUUCUUGGCCUUCAAUGGUGUUCUCGAGGCCUUUUUCACAAGCUUGGGAACGUCUCGCGAUUUGCAAAAGUACUCCCUUUUUAUGACGUUACUCACCGUUGCCAUUUUGGGCAUGCUGUACUGUCUAAUCUCAGUCUUGAAUCUCGGCUUGCAGGGGCUUUUGUUUGCCAACAUGGCCAACAUGUCGAUGAGGAUAGGCUACUGUUUUCUUGCGCUUCGAAACUACUACAGCGCCACCGACUACAAGUUGAGUUUGAGAACCGUGCUUCACUAUAUCGGGCCCUCGGUCUUCACGUUAGUCGUUGUAUGGGUAGGGCAAUAUCUUUUCGUUUUCCACAGAGAGUCAAUCCUCACGAAGGACUGGAUAGAGCUUGGUAAGAGUGCCAUUUGCUCGAUUUAUUUGUUGGCCAAUUUGAUGAUCCUCGAGAGAAAGAACUUGAGUCACACUGUUGCCAAAGUGUUUAAAAUUAAAGAUCUUUAG